AUGAUGCAGUGUUUAACCCAUUGGUUGGAACUGUUAUCUGACUGCCUGGUUAUUCUUAUCCUGUUUAAUGAUGUGAAGAAUGCUGCCAUUCUAAGGAAAAAAGCCAUGGAAGGUGCUAUUGAUGGAGCAUUAAUUAGUCCUGAAUUGAUCGUUGAUCCAUUUCAAAUCCCUGUGGCAACCAACAAAACUGUUCAUCUUCAAAAGACUGGUAAAAUGAAGACAAUAACUCUUAAUGCAGAAAUAACAUUCAAUCUUUCACCUAACAAUAAUAUUUCAGAUGCCUUGAAAAAGUUUGGCAUUUCAGACAGUGACUCUGCAGUACUCGUCGUUCUGGUGGAAGACCAAGAGAAAAGAGUGAAUCUGGAAAACGUAGUAACUCAAGUGGAUGGCCAGCAAGUUCCUUUGGCAGACCUCCCUCAGAUCACUGACAUAUCAAAAGUCAGAAAGAUAUACAAGCUCACACAACAGGAAGAAAAAAUAGGAACACUACUAGAUGAUAUCAUUUGUAGAAUGGUAACAAAAGAUGUUUCAUGAAAUAAA